AUAUAAAUGAGAAGGGUCUCAGAGUUAGAGCCUACACGUUUCUUGCAUGAGGUGUUGAUGAGUUGUGGGAAGCAGAGUUCAGCUUCCUCAGCUUCCAUUGUCAGAUAGUCAGUGAGCGGAAUACGUCUUUUAUCUCCCUCCUCCUCCUCUUCCCCUCCUCUCCUCUCCUCUGCAGUGCAUGCUACUGUAAGAGUGUGGUGGGACCCUGGGUGUUUGAGCAAGUGUGGAGUCUGCUGAGCAUGUGGAGUUGUUCACUGAGAUCUGAACCUUCUGGGAUUAUUUCAUUUCUAUUCUUUCUCACAUUAAGUGCCACUGAGGGGGGACGCUGGAAAUCCUGUAAACCUGUCAUGCCCGGCCAUCGCACGAGCACAGACGAGGGCAGGACUCCAGCCUCUGCCAGACAUGAACGUCAGUCUGUUGCAGAAAGGAGAUAAAGGGCCAGCAAAAUCACGCAGACAAAAACGAUCAGACAAGUACCUUGGGUCAUCAACCUUGGAGGAUGCUGCAGAGCGCCCUAAGAGUGACGGUUGGCAGGUACCGGACAACAUUGCUGAGAAGGCUGUAUGUACGCACUAUGGAAAAGCCACGUCUUGUUGUGCUAACUACAGUAGUUGCCACACACUAGUAAUUCACCUGGCUCACUCAAUCCUGUGGGUCGGUCAACUGGGCCAACAGAAGACAUUUGCAUGGCUUAGCUCACGGUUACACUGGCCGACCUUGAAUACUAAUGUGCAUGCAUUCUGCAGUUCUUUUGUAGUUCCAGCCUGUCAGAAGACCAGUGCUGUGCCGCAGCCACCACUGCACUCUCUCCCUGUGCUUUCAGAGCAGUUCGGGUGGAUCGCAAUGGAUUUAAUAAGACCGCUGAAAAGGUGCGCCGUGGGACAUUACUACAUCCUGGUCGUUAGUGAUUAUGCGACAAGAUACCCAACUGAGCGCAAUGAGGGUAAAUCCGGAUCUGGACUCCUUUCCCACCAUCAGCAGAAGAACCGAAGGAGAAGAAGCGCCUGACCAACAACCAGAACAGGGUGGAAGCUCUGACACCACAGCAGCUGGAGGACACAGACCACAGCAUGGACGCCUGACAGACUCCCACAACGUCUGCAGCCAUCACGUUCUGGGCUCAUCAGAUGAACCAGCUACUACAAGCGUGUGUGUCUGACACAGACACCUGCUUAUGACAAUCAGCAAAGGAAAACAAGGACAGAGCAACAGCAAAGUGAGAAGACGUGCUCUGACACAGACACUGGUUGAAAGAACAGGAGAGGCUUCAGACGUGAUCGGCCCAAAAGAGCUGCAUCCGAGGAUCCAGGAAAGGUCUGUCAUCGAGGAACAACUGUCCCAUCGAAAGGCUUCACCCACUGGCGCUCACAUCAGACUGAUGGUUGGGGAAGGAGGAAGGUGACGGUUCCUUUUCACGUGACGUAGAAGACGGUACCGCAAACAUACACACACAUUCAUACACGCAAUGAAGAAACACGCUUACAGCUGAUACACGCUCAAAUUCAUGUUCAUGCUUAUCUGCUCGCAAUGAAGAAUCGCUUUUUGCUCAAAAAAUCUCACAGAGUGAUUUGAAAAUGAUGACAAACAGCUAAAUGACAACUGCUGCAUGACUUUACAGUCUGAUGGGUUUAAACAAUUUUAACUUGCAACAAAUUCAGUAAUAAAAUCCUCCAUGUUUCUAAAAAGAUUUGUGCACAAAAUAGGUUUGUCUGGCCAGAGUAUAGAAAAACAAAAACAGACUGUAGAAAAAAACAAAAAAACAGACUAUAGGAAAACAAAACAAAAACAAAACCAGACCAUAGGAAGACUCAAACUGACUGAAACAGACUAUCAAUGACUAUUAAAGGGAAAACGACUAUUAGAGAGAAGUAAUAAUAAUUACUGUACGUACCAGACUAUUAAAGAAAAACUUAUUCUUUCACUGUCAUGUGCAACAUCUGACAGCAAGACACCUUAACAUUCAUUUUUGCUUUCAAACUUAUGCCCAGUUAAAUUUUUAGGAAGAGAUCUCAUGUGUAGUUUAGGUAUUUAAUUGAUUUCCACUCCAGACGGAGUGCAGGUUACAUCUACAGACAUUCUAAAUAAUCCCUCUUUUGUUGGUGUUAACUUCAGCUCAGCUGUGCUGUUAUCAUUAGCUGCUGAGGGGGGGCUGUAACUGAGGCCCUCACACAGGCUGCAUCACAGCUUGUUUAUGAUUUCAUACACACACACAAACAAACUGACCUCAACUUCCCUCUUUUGGGAUGAACACAGGUCUGCGCUUGCGAUUUCUUUUACUAACGAACAAAAAAGAUUUUUGAUGUUUAUUCUACAGUUCCACACGUCCCUCUGUGAAAACAUGAUGGAGACAGACGCAGGACGUGGGUCCUUUCGUGAACAGAUGUCAACGGGGUGGAGACUGGUGAACGACUUCCGACCCCAUGUGACGUAUUUACCUACUUUGCAUACUUUUAGAAAACUUUUUUUUUAUUCUGCCUGUUAUGUGCAGCAAACAGUGAACUGGGUACCUCCACAUUCUAAUGACACACUACAUGUUUUUAUUUUCAUUUUUCAGAGGACGCUCUGACCCAACACUCAGCCUUACAGGAAGCCCUGCUUCCCUGUGGCUCACACACAGACAUGAUGUAGGUUUGAUCAGAGGAUGUGAACCAGUGGUCAUCACACCUAAAUCUGACCACAGACCAUGUAAACAACAACACCCUCUUAAAGGAGGCAUAGAUGGCGUUACUGCAGACACCACUAAGCUACUGAAACAUUAGAUGCUACAGGCCACAAAGAGAGCCUGUCUAAAUUACAGUUAGUUCAGACAAAGGUUAUUUUCUGGGUCAUUGUAAUUACAGCUGAUGGCAAAUCCAUCUCACCCAACAGAGUUGAAGCAUUUUUAAACCUGCCUAAACCGUGCACGUAUAAACAGCUGAUGUCUUUUCUAGGUCUUUGUUCUUAUUGUAGGACCUUCAGUCCUAACUUUACUGUCUUUGAGGCCCCACUCAGGGUUCUGAUGCAGACAUCUUCAUCGUCCACUUCUUGUCUCACGUGGACGUCUGAGGCUGAACAACGUUCACUGACCUCAUGCUUGCUCUUCAGUCGGCUCCUACUUUGGGUCUUCCUGAUCUGACCCUACGCGACCUUUCACUCAAACAGCGGAUGAGAAAUCAGGUUGUACGACUUCUGUUCUUUUGUCCUCAUAUUGUCUUUGAUUCCUUUGGAAUAGAUCACAUCGUUCUACAGCCUGACGGCUUAGAUGCAACACCACCUUGCUCAACAUGCUGAACAUUACUAUCAAGAGGACGUCUUGAAGUCUGGUGCUUUGCUAAGACACUACUCUGCUCAGGCUGCAGAGUUGAUCGUAUUGACUGAAGCUAGUAAACUAGCAGAAGGAGAGUCUGUUACUAUCUACAGACUCCACAUGCUUCCUCUGUGGAAGCAUAGGAAGCUUUUGAAGUCUGAUUGCAACCCUAUCUCACAUCAUGAUUAGGUUCUGCUUUGCUGGACGCUGUCCUGCUGCCUACAGCUAAUGCUGUUUGUAACUGUCCGACUUACAUCAUCAGUGACAACUUUGUUUCUGCCGACAUGCAGCUGCAGACGCUGCUGCGAAGGUUGCUGCCCAACAACCCCUCCCUCUCCUGAUCCUCGUUUCCUCUCCUGAUCCUUGUUCCCUCUCUCCAACUCUCUCUAUCCUUUCCUUCCUCAUCUCCCUGUGCUUUAAACAUUUUGUACCUCACAGGAACGCAGACUCUGGCUGACGAAUGGUUUCACCUGUAGCCAUGGAGUCUGGUUUGGGCCUGAUGACAAGCUGUGCCGCCCAAACACUUUUUUUCCCCACAAUUCAGAUUUCCCAACAGUUGAAAACAGGCGACAGGACCAUUACACCAUCCAACCAGGGGACUGGUGAUCGUUAAGGAGUUCAGGAGGAAGCACUGGGACUCCAAACGGUAGCGAGGCCCCUUCCAGGUCCUUCUGACGACCAACACGGCUGUAAAGAUCGCAGAGAGAGCGAUUUGGAUCCACUCCAUCCAGGAAGGUCCCGGAUCCAACAGACGACCUUCCAUCUACAUCCCACGGAGAAAACCACCACUGACAUAAAGAAUUGAGAAGGACGACCCUCGCUGUGCUCACACACGCACUGAGGCGAGGCUGCGUUGACCGUUCAGCUAAAGGUGUGAGCCAAGCGCCGCCUGAAGCUGCGCCGAUGAAUCACACUAUCAGACCAUACAUCUACACACACGCUCCUGAGAAAACACACACACGAGCAGCCUUGAGUUGCCGACGCUGGACGACGUGUAGACUCUUCACAUCACGGGAGUGACAGUGACUCAGACGACAUUGGGAGGAAACCUGGCGGUGAUAACAAAUCCCAAGUGUCUCUGUGAUCAGCUGAUCACAACCUGAAGAACUCCAACGAACUGGCAAUACAUCAACACACAGGUUGGAAACAAUCUAACGCUACUGUUCAACAGGACGAAGCAGAUUGUUACGAGACAUCAAUUGUGACCUUGUUGUGUUAGACAUUUUAUGUUACUCUGAUUAUUGCCUUUAUCAUAUGAUGUUUCCUUGUAACUUUACACACUAUUUUUGAAUGAGAACAUUUCACAUAAUUCACAACACUGAGUUUAAAUAUCCUAAAGUUGAUUUGGUGUUUAAUUUGCUCACAAUCACUUUAUUCACAAGAGUUUUUAUCCUUCAUCUACAGAUGACAGAGGUUAUGAGACAAAACGCAUCAUCAUUCUGGUUAAAUCCCUGAAUCUCCUUUUCGCUCUAGACGCAAAUGUACAAUUAAAGAUCCGAAAGUAUGAAAUCUAUCUUAAGAUUAUAUGAUACAGAACCCCACCGGAAACCUAUGGCUAUCAUACAUUAAUUGUAUUUAUUACAUUACAAUUGAAUGGCCAUAGACACGUUGUUAGCAGAGAAAAGAGACGUUUGUGUUAUGUUUGGAAACGCAUGUUGUACUUACAUCCUGAAUAACACUGAUUCUAAUGGUAUUGUGGCGAAGGCGCUCCACGGCCUUCAGAAUCUCAGCUAACUCUGGUAUAGAUUCUUCCUCUUGGAAUUGGCUAGACGAAAUGUCUGGAAAAUGGAAAUCUGUUCUCAUGUCCGCAGCUGUUUCCUUUAUCAUUGAGAUGGCUGUGAUUCUCUUGUUUGGUUUUUGCGUUAUCCCACUGGUUAGAGGUCUCAUCAUGCGUGCGACCCCAGCAACACUCUCGUAUCAAAUGACACAAUGCACUAUGUUCAAAAACCCCAACUCUAACUCACUUAAUGACUUUGACGAUGGUAUGGGCUCAAUUUCUUCACAUGCCGAUAGAGAGGUUAUUCUUGUAUAACUACCCACAAAAUCAGCUCCCAACCUUUUGUCCCUAAGUUACUUGCAUUUUAUAUGGAGGUGUAUUUUGAAUCUUGAUGAGUUAAUACCCUUAUUGUUUCAUUUGCAUGGAUCUUUUAUUAUUACAGAAUGUGAUGUUGACAAUUUUUAUUCUUUUAGUGGUUGAUUAAUGUGUAAUCAAAAGGGGGGAGUGUUAUGGGAAAAAUUGUCUCUUCCUUAUUUCUAUGUCUCUUCCUUACCUCUAUGUGUGACAUUCAGCCUCCACGCCGCUAGAGGCGCUCUUGGGGUUUUGAUGUGGGUCUAUGGUUGAAUUUAAUUUCCUGUGUAAUUAGUUGACCCACCUGUUUGGUUUGUGUAUAUAAGGGAUGUCUUUUGUUUCACACAUUGCUGGUGUGUACCCUCGGUGUAGCUGGAUGCUACCCCAUUGUUACGUUGAGGAGAGUUUGUGAUGCAAAGGAGUUUUGGUUUUGUUUAUGUCCUGUCUCACCACGUAAGUUUUGUGAGUGUCUUAUGUUUCAUGUUUAGGUUUUGCCCGUGUUACGGAGCGUGUUUUGUUUGUGCCUGUUAGACAGUGCUGUACGUAGUUCUUAGUUGUCCUCAGUUUAUGUCUUGUGUUCAUGUGUAGGUUUCUGCCCGUAGUGUACGGAGCGUUUAGUUUAGUGGGUUUAGGUUGUUUAUCGUUUUCCUGCAAUGCAGUGAUUUUUAGUUCUUCCUUUGUGUUGAACUGAGUCCUGCUGUGCAGUGAGUUUUUGUUGUAUUUAAAUAAACUGUUAAUGUUAAUUGUACCUUCUGUGUUUGGGUCGUGCAUUUGGGGUCUUCCCUCUCUCGAGUUUCCCUGCGACCUGGUCUGCCAGUUGCGGCCAGGUGUCUGUGUGAGGGAUUACACAGAGAGCUGUGUGCUGGAAGCACAUCGGCCGUGGUGCCUGAAGCCUCUGCUCAGUGUGAGCGUGAUCUCCUCCCGGCUCCGUGAGAGCCGUAGUUCUCCCCGCUUGGAGCGGGUGCUGUCACCGCCUCUCCCCACCGCAUUCCCUCUCCUGUCCCAGGGUUCCGUCAAAGCCCCGUCGGUUCGGAACCGACGGGAGGAGUUAGUGGGUUCCCUGUCAAACCCCGCCGGUUCGGAACCGACGGGGCGAGUUCGUAACAGAACACACCAGCCAAACCAGAUCCCAGCCGACCCAUAGCUUGUUUAGUUCGUGUUUGUUUUAGGUUAGCUAGCCAGCUAAGUGUUUAGUCUGUGUUAGCUUGUCUGUGUUUUGUGUGCGUGCUUUUGUUUCCUGCUCUGUUUUGUUUUGUUUUGCACCGGAGUGUCCCUAUGGCUCCGGCUGCUUCAGAGCAGAUCAGCCCUCGCUUCUGGGGGCUGUUUUUUGAUCAUAUCGGGGCUGCGUGCACCUCGCCGGCUCCAUGGGACCGGCUGUACGGUGUUAACCGAUUGGACGAUCUAAUUGGUGUCGUGCCGCAGUUCCACGCAAUUCUGGGAGUUCCGGAAUUGGUCACGUGGUUCCCCGCGCUACAGGAGGAGUUGGCUGCCCAGCUGGCCGGACGCUCGCCAUCACAGCGGGAUCCUGAACUGCGGUCUGGAUUUUUGGCAGCGGCCAGAACAGCGGUGGACUAUUUUAAUUUAGGGGCGCCAACAGACUCUCAGCCGGCAGCGGUUUCUGCCGUAGCUCCGCCCACGGCUCCCGUCACUCAAAUGGAGACCGUGCCCGGAGCUGUUUGUCUCUCUCCCUCCGAGGCUCGGAGUAUAUGGAGGGAGCUGAAGGGACAGUGUGGAACGGUGGAUUUUAAACGGACUAAGGAACGUAUCUCAUCGGAGGUGGAUUUUGUUGUGGCUGCUGACAGGACAGAGAACUUUGCAGCAACUUCCUGUUGGCCUGCUGCAUCACGAGUCGGCUCACCUGUCCCAGCACCUCGUCUGGCCUACAAGGGUAGAGUGAGGGUGGGUUUGCUUCGUGGGGUUCCAAUGGCAUCACCGCGUCAUGUUCCUGUCGCCAAGCCAUGUUCGACCUUGUCCGUUCCUGGUGGUCUGGUGGAGACCACGUCCGUUCCUGGUGGUCCGGUGGAGACCACGUCCGUUCCUGGUGGUCCGGUGGAGACCACGUCCGUUCCUGGUGGUCCGGAGGAGGCCACGGCCGUUCCUGGUGGUCCGGAGGAGUCCACGGCCGUUCCUGGUGGUCCGGUGUCGGCCACGUCUGUUCCCGAUGGUGGUCCGGAGGAGGCCACGUCCGUUCCUGGUGGAACGUUGCGUCGCGGUGGUCCAGGGAGGACGCCGCUGGUUCCUGUCUCUAGUCGCGGUGGUCCAGGGAGGACGCCGCUGGUUCCUGUCUCUAGUCGCGGUGGUCCAGGGAGGACGCCGCUGGUUCCUGUCUCUAGUCGCGGUGGUCCAGGGAGGACGCCGCUGGUUCCUGUCUCUCGUCGCGGUGGUCCAAGGAGGACGCCGCUGGUUCCUGUCUCUAGUAGCGGUGGUCCAGGGAGGACGCCGCUGGUUCCUGUUUCUAGUCGCGGUGGUCCAGGGAGGACGCCGCUGGUUCCUGUCUUUCGUCGCGGUGGUCCAGGGAGGACGCCGCUGGUUCCUGUCUCUCGUCGCGGUGGUCCAAGGAGGACGCCGCUGGUUCCUGUCUCUCGUCGUGGUGGUCCAGGGAGGACGCCGCUGGUUCCUGUCUCUCGUCGCGGUGGUCCAGGGAGGACGCCGCUGGUUCCUGUCUCUAGUCGCGGUGGUCCAGGGAGGACGCCGCUGGUUCCUGUCUCUAGUCGUGGUGGUCCAGGGAGGACGCCGCUGGUUCCUGUCUCUAGUCGCGGUGGUCCAGGGAGGACGCCGCUGGUUCCUGUCUCUCGUCGCGGUGGUCCAGGGAGGACGCCGCUGGUCCCUGUUCGUCAACGCGGUGGUCCAAGAUGGAAGCCGCUGGUUUCCCUGCACUCUGGCGGUGGUCUGGAGCUGCGUAGUUGUCUCGUGGACUGGUGGCCUCGCCUUCGGCGUCGACAGCUGCUACGGUGGCGCCGUCGGCCGCCACGGGGAUCUCAACGUCUGAUGGACAGACGGUUUCGGCCCCGUCAAGCCCCUGGAGGGCUCAUGUUUCGUCGGCGGCCGCCCAGAGGUCGCACUGUCAGUCUGGGGACAGUCAAACUGCCUACUCCUCUGCAGCAGUGGCUGGAGGAGGUUCGUCGCCCGCCUUGAAAGGCAGUGAACUGUUAUAGACAUUUGAAGGACUUUCAGAGCACGGAGGUGCCGACUGGCCCCAGCAGGACGCUGGGGAGGAACUGUUUUCUGCCGCUGGGAGUUACCCUACGAUAGACUUUGAAAUGGGCUCCUGUUUUUUUGGGGAGGGGUUGUGUUGUGCCCGCCUCCUGUGUUUUUCCCCCUCCGCCCACCCGGGUCUGGUGUUUUGUUUUUUUUUGUUGGCGGCUGUCUGGAAGCCAGCCGUUGAGGGGGGGGGUUCUGUGACAUUCAGCCUCCACGCCGCUAGAGGCGCUCUUGGGGUUUUGAUGUGGGUCUAUGGUUGAAUUUAAUUUCCUGUGUAAUUAGUUGACCCACCUGUUUGGUUUGUGUAUAUAAGGGAUGUCUUUUGUUUCACACAUUGCUGGUGUGUACCCUCGGUGUAGCUGGAUGCUACCCCAUUGUUACGUUGAGGAGAGUUUGUGAUGCAAAGGAGUUUUGGUUUUUUUUAUGUCCUGUCUCACCACGUAAGUUUUGUGAGUGUCUUAUGUUUCAUGUUUAGGUUUUGCCCGUGUUACGGAGCGUGUUUUGUUUGUGCCUGUUAGACAGUGCUGUACGUAGUUCUUAGUUGUCCUCAGUUUAUGUCUUGUGUUCAUGUGUAGGUUUCUGCCCGUAGUGUACGGAGCGUUUAGUUUAGUGGGUUUAGGUUGUUUAUCGUUUUCCUGCAAUGCAGUGAUUUUUAGUUCUUCCUUUGUGUUGAACUGAGUCCUGCUGUGCAGUGAGUUUUUGUUGUAUUUAAAUAAACUGUUAAUGUUAAUUGUACCUUCUGUGUUUGGGUCGUGCAUUUGGGGUCUUCCCUCUCUCGAGUUUCCCUGCGACCUGGUCUGCCAGUUGCGGCCAGGUGUCUGUGUGAGGGAUUACACAGAGCUGUGUGCUGGAAGCACGUCGGCCGUGGUGCCUGAAGCCUCCGCUCAGUGUGAGCGCGUUCUCCUCCCGGCUCCGUGAGAGCCGUAGUUCUCCCCGCUUGGAGCGGGUGCUGUCACCCGCCUCUCCCCACCGCAUUCCCUCUCCUGUCCCAGGGUUCCGUCAAAGCCCCGUCGGUUCGGAACCGACGGGAGGAGUUAGUGGGUUCCCUGUCAAACCCCGCCGGUUCGGAACCGACGGGGCGAGUUCGUAACACUAUGCAGUUAUUAUAUGAUUUAUGACUUAUGUUCUGCAAUUAAUAUCUUAUGUUUUGUCUUACUGUAUGCAUUUGACAUUUCACCUACAUUGUUCAAUGGUUGUCUCUGCCUGAUAGACUCUCAACUCUAGCUCCCAAACCCAAGGUCGGCGAGUUGUGUCUCUGUCUGUUGAGACUUGGUGCUCCUUUCUCACAGAUAGUUGGACGUCAGCGAUGCAGGUGUGAGAAUGUAAAUAUCUUCACACACACUGCAACAGGGAGGAGAUGGUGCAUGUAAUUUGAUUGGGUUAGAAAGACAUUCCACCCUAGUCGGACAGAGAAGCUAAAAGGCAGAAGCAACUUGAGGAUCGGGGGCUCUUUGCAUCACACCUUCGUGGUGUGUGCACUGAUCUCCCCAGCUGGUUUUUGGUUUGUUGAUGUGCACGAUCAACAUCCAUGCUUUUUAUUUGCUUUCCCCAUUAUUUUUAUUUUCUUUAUUAUUUCAAUAAAUCGCACAAAAGGACAA